GUCAUAUAAGGAUAUCCGAGCUGCAUGCAUGCCAGGAAACGUCGCAACCAAAGCAGCUGCCGUAAUCCCCAAUUACUCAAGAAAUCACAGCGUCUUCCUGCAGCUCAGUGACUAUUUCUGGACAAAGACUUCGUCUUUGUAUGCUUUGCCAUAUGGCACCAAAGGAAGUGAGGAGCUGAUAAUGCAGGCGCUAGCCCGCACCAAUCAUUAUCACAUACCCCAGGAGAUUGACAGGCUGCAGUGUCGUCGCUGUGUUGUGGUGGGGAAUGGAUACCGCAUGAAAAACAGCUCCUUGGGUGAGAUCAUUGAUAAAUAUGACGUAGUCAUCCGGUUGAACAAUGGCCCGGUUCAUAAUUAUGAGAAAGAUGUGGGCAGUAAGACCACACUACGCUUGUUUUACCCAGAAUCUGCGCACUUCAACUUGCAAUUGGAAAAUAAUCCAGAGACUCUAAUGGUGCUGGUGCCAUUCAAGGGUCCAGAUCUUAAAUGGCUGAAAGCGAUCCUGAAUGAUGAGAAGAGGAUUAAAACGGGUUUCUGGAGAAGACCACCAUUAAUCUGGAAAGUGAAGCCCGAGAACAUCCGAGUCCUGAACCCGUACUUCAUGAACGUUGCCGCUACAAAACUCAUGUCACACAGUGAUAAAACCAAGAAGAUUUCUAUAAAACCUACCACUGGCCUGAUGGCCAUCUCUUUUGCUAUUCACUUUUGUGACCUGGUUCAUAUCGCAGGAUUUGGAUAUCCAGCACCAAGUAAUAAAACACAGCCCAUACACUACUACGAUAAAACGACCAUAAAGCACAUGGCAGUAUCAGGACAUAAGGUUCCCAUUGAAGCCGUUGUAAUAAAAAAUCUUCUUCAACACAACAUCAUUCAAAGUCUGACUUACUUCUGA